AUGGGGAUCGCGCUCGAGUACUCCCCUCCGGACGUGCAGGAGUACAACGGCGUCGUCGAGAGCGCCAUCCAGAGGUGCCUGAAGGUGGCCAAGGCUUCUCCCCGGGCUGCCCAAGAGCUGCUUGGCCCUGCCGGAUUUUCACGCAUCCGCGGGCUGAGCGUACGGGGCGAUGAGCUCUGGGCGGAGUCCGCAAAAGACGCCGCGCAGAAGCUGAACCAGUCUGUAUCUCCAUCCAACCCAGCGGGUGCGUCGCCGCAGGAGCUCUACACCGGCAAGAAAGGCCCUUUUCGCUUGAUUCCGUUUUUCCAGUACGGUUUCAUGUGGGAACGGCCGGCGACCAAGAUGGACGACAGGACCGUGCCGUGUUUUUUCCUCAAUGCCGGAGACAACCACGCCGACAUCACGGUCAAGGUGCUGAACGAGAGGACCGCCCACGUCUGNGCGGAGUCCGCAAAAGACGCCGCGCAGAAGCUGAACCAGUCUGUAUCUCCAUCCAACCCAGCGGGUGCGUCGCCGCAGGAGCUCUACACCGGCAAGAAAGGCCCUUUUCGCUUGAUUCCGUUUUUCCAGAUCGUCGUCGUCGCCGCCGCCUCCGGGGCCGGCGUCGUGGCCCGCCCCUUCGCCUGGUGCCGACACUUCGCCGCUCCCGAUGCCGCCAGCGUCGUCGUCAUCCGCCGCUCCACCGCCGCCCGCCGCCGCCGCUGCUGCUGCAGGAUCGUCGUCGUCGACGCCGCCUCCGGGCCCAGCGUCGUGGCCCGCGCCUUCGCCUGGUGCCGCCGCUUCGCCGCUCCCGAGGCCGCCCGCGUCGUCGUCAUCCGCCGCUCCACCGCCGCCCGCCGCCGCUGCUGCCGCCGCCAGAUCGUUGCCGUCGCCGCCACUAUCACCGCCGUCGCAGCUGCCGGAAUGGUCGUCUUCAUCCAUCGAGGCGGAGCCAUCACCGCCGGGACGCGCACCGCCACCGUGCCAAAGCAAGAAAACCAUACCGCCACCGACCGCACCGGGGGAGUGGUUGGUCGGUCGAUCCCUCUAAGCGGGGCGUUCCGCUUGGGCUCGUGGCGUCUUGCGACGCGCGACGACCUCGAGUCGGCAAUCCGCAAGAUGGAGCCACCUCUCCUGCGCCCGGACAUGCCCCGCUGCCAUGCCAAGGACCUCCGAGUACCCCAGACAUUCAGGGAGGCGAAGGAAAGCGAUCCCAGCGAGCAGUUCAUGGACGCGGCCAAGCGGGAGGUGUUUGGGGUGCUUGAGGCAGAGGCUUUCAAGGUUGUCGGACCGGAGGCGAAGGAAAGCGAUCCCAGCGAGCAGUUCAUGGACGCGGCCAAGCGGGAGGUGUUUAGGCUGCUUGAGGCCGAGGCUUUCAAGCUUUUCGGACCGUAGCAGCGAAUUGACAAUUGCAUCAAGUCGAAGUUUGUUUUUGAUUGGAAGGUAGAUGCAUUCGGCUUUCCUACGAAGACCAAGGCUAGACUUGUUGCAAGAGGAGAUAUGCAGAAGGAGUACAUUGACUGAAGUGAUUUGUGUGCCCCUACUGUGGCUUCGUCGAGUGUUCGUUUGUUGGCAGCUUUGGCGUGUGAGCUUGACUUGGGGUUGUGUCAUUUCGAUAUCGAUCAGGCAUUUGUGAGGGCCCCUCCCAAGGCAGACAAUUUCAUGCGAUUGCCGGAAGGAUGUGGUGCGUUGUCGGGGAAUACUGUGAAGCUGAACAAGAGACUUUAUGGCUUGAGGCAGGCAUCUAGGGAGUGGUACGCGUUGCUGAAGACUUGUCUUUUGGCUUUGGGGUUCGACCAGUGCAUGGCUGAUUCGUGUGUUUUUCGUCUAGUCGAAGGGGGGGGGGGGGGGGGGGGGGGGGGGCGCAAUCGCCUCCAUCCCGAGCACGCCGCUUCGAGAAACGGAAACAAUCCACCGAAAAACCGCUCAUAUACCUCCUCUUCCUCGCACAACACCGGAGAGGGACCCUUACCAGGGCGGCCUCAAAAAAAUAAAUUGUGGGCCUACAGCAGCAGAAAGCACGACGGGAUACUGUACCAAGGGCUGCUUCGCUUGAAGGUAUCGCUCCUCUGCUCCUUCGACUAUUCAUUCGUCAAGGAACCAAAAACUACCAACUACCUCCUCCUUCCCUCGCGCACCUACCUACUACUACACCACCAACAACAACUACUCCGUCUCUCGUCGUCGCUCGCGCACCUGUCGACGCUGGGGUGCAGCACCCAGAACGUGAUGUCGUUCGUGCUGGUGGCCUGGAACAUGGUGCCAAUGUGUCCCGGGGAGCACAGCAGGUUGACGAUUUCGCAACAGGCAUACACCGAAGAGGUGGGGGAAAGAUUUGGUGUCGAGUGGGAGGAGAGCAUUCCCUUGCCUACUACCUGGAGACUUUUGGACUUUGACGUGAACGAGCCGAACGUAGAACACCCGUUUCGUGCGCUGAUUGGUUCGCUGCUCUGGAUUGCCUUGUUGACUAGGCCAGAUAUCGCGAAUGCGGUGAGGGCAGUGGCGAGGUACUGUAGUUGUUGUUGUUGUUGUCUUCACAUUAAAAACCAUCCCGGUCUCUCUAUCCAGUACCUCCUUCUGUCUCAAUCUCUCCGUACUCAUCCAGCACUUGACUCGGUCAAUUUCCGUGGUCACAGGCUAACGUACCUAGAAAAGGUAUACCAAAAUAAAAUGGACCCCAAGGUUUAGGAGAGCGAUGUAAUACAAGAGAACAAUAGAAUCAGAAACAAAUAAAUAACUAAAUAGUGGAACGUGCGCACCACCAGCCUGGGGUGUAGCCUUCCGGAAGGACCCCAAGGGUCAGCAGUACGUGCCAGUAAAAAAACAAAACAAAAUGAAACGAAAUAAACCAAAGACAGACGAGGACAUGCACAAACUCGCACAGAGACAGGAUAUCCG